AUGAGUACGGAUCGAGGAUACUAUUUUGUUAUUGUUGGACAUAAUGAUCAGCUGAUAUUUGAAAUGGAAUUUCCUGUGGUUGAUGCUAAAAAGCGAGUUGAUUCGGAUACACGUCACCUCAAUCAGUUCAUCGCUCAUGCUGCUUUGGAUAUUAUUGAUGAACAGAUGCUCACAAAUCCUCAGAUGUAUUUAAAGGUUGUGGAUAAGUUUAAUGAGUGGUACGUUUCUGCUUUUGUCACUGCAAGUCGUAUAAGAUUUGUUAUGCUGCACUGCCAGAAAAAUGAAGAUGGAAUUAAGCAAUUUUUCCAGCCUCUUGCCGUUUUAAUUGUUCGCGGCUGUGACAUACAUUUAUUGUUGAACAUUAUUUUCACGAUCCUGGCUUGGAUUCCUGGUGUUAUUCAUGCAAUCUAUGUUUGUUUCUAUUUUGAAUGUCCGCGUACGUCGGAUGUUUGA